AACUGUCGCUGUGUGGAGUUUGAAUACUUGUUUACGGUGGCAACAAGAUGGCGCUGACUCUGUAAUCCUAACAAUGGAUCUGUGUGCCUCUUAAUAUAGAAGACAGAUGGAUGCAACAUAACCCACUAAGGUCUCCCUAUCCUAACAUUUUUGUCUCUCAUUAAAAACUGCCUCAAAAAAUAAAUAAACAUGCCACCCUCCCAGCGCAGUGCUCCAGAUCUUCUGGAUCAUACUGAUGUCAGCUUUUCUCUGGAGAGGCUGUUUGACCAUUAUAAUAUGGAUCACAUCCCUGAGGGUAAAAGGCUUGAUGGAUUCCAACAGAGGGAUCUUCGUCAUGUGAAAGGCUACAAAGCUGCAGUGAGAAUAUUUGGAGGUCCGCUUAGCAGGAAACGUAUCAUUGUGGCUCCGCCGAUGGAGACACCAAUGAAACACAGACUUGGCAUUUAUCAGAACAGGAAGUCACCCCCUUCAGCAGUAACCUUGAACUCUGAGCUGCAGCCACAGACACCCCCUGAAAUAAAACCAUCAGAGGAGGAAGUGGAAGCACAGAAGGAAAGGGAGAAAUGCGAUGAGUAUCAGAAAUGGAUAAGCGACCGUAAAAAACUUCGACAAGAUUUGAACAGCAUUGGUCUGAAUGACAAAUGGCUUCAAGGUAAAGCACAGAAAACAGUUUUAGAGACACGUGUUAUGAAUAGGAUGAAGGACGAGAAAAGUGUUAAGCCAGGGGAGCCUGUGAUAAAGGAACCCCGUCGUUCUACUCUAACACAGGCUCCCCCUGUCCCAGUGAUGAAGAUCCCGUCACCUCAUGGCCUGCAGAUCCUGGAUGAGCAUCUCCAUAAAAAGAGGGUCCGGCUCUUGGAUCUUUUCCGUCUGGUUGACAAGGACAAAAACUGGGCUGUGUCAAAGGAUGAAUUUGCCAAAUGCAUAGAAGAGGCCCAGCUUGACAUUACAGAGAAGGAGUUGGAAGACAUGGUUAUCUCCCUUGACUCAGACCUGACUGAUGAAGUUGACUAUAGUGAACUGGCCAAGGGGAUGCUGAGGUGGAAGAAAGAGAGACGAGAGAAGAAGAGAGAGCAGAUGUCUCAGAACUCAGGAAGUUCAUCAAACAGAAGUCGCUCAGGAUCUCCAGCAACAUCAAGAGGUGGAAGGUCACCAAGCUCAUCAUCCAAGAAUUCACAUCGUAUCCAAGGUGAUGUCACUAUGGGUCAGCAACCAGUUGACAGAGCUAUCGAGAGAACCAUGACUGCUGAAGGCCGACCAACCUCCAACAGAAGCAGUAACAGCAGUGAGAGAUCAAGGGGAGGUGCCUCUACUCCCCAGUACCUCGAGCCCCCUCCUGGCGACACUAGACUGGAACAGAUGAUUUUAUCAUCAGAAGAGGCAAUGGUCGACCUUCGGAAACAUGAUCAUGUGGUACUUGCACGGUCCCAUUCAAAAAGGAAAUCUUCUGGAAGCAAGAGAGAUUCAUCAGUGUCACCAAGCCCCCCUUCCUCCGUCAUUAAGAUCGGCCACAAGGCUAUUGACAACCACUCACUCGUGUCCACCCUGGGAGGGGAGGUGGGCGAGAUGGUGAACCGCUUCCGUCAGCUGCGACUCAAGGAGUACUAUGAUGUUGUCCGUAUGUGUGAGGAGAAAGGUGUACCCCUGACACAACCUGUGUUGGAGAGAGUCCUUUUGUAUCCACCUGACCUUCCACCUGGGAGCAUCAAGAGACGGGUGUCCCAACCCGGCCAGAAACUGCUCUCCACCCGCUUUGCUACUUCCCCGAAACCACCACGUGCACCUCUGGAGGUCCGGCACAAAGACAAGAUGAAGCGAUCCAAGAGCGGGCAACUCAUGAUCGAUAGCCGUCAUAUAUAUCCCAGAGGAUCCAAUGUGACCCAGUCUGUAUCCAGGGAGACGCUGUCAACUGGGAGAGCUCUGAUCAGUCGUAAAAUUGACUGUUGGAUGUCUUUUGAAGAAUAUGAGGACCUGACAAGUCAUCUAGCAGUUCGAUACAAGCAGCUCCAUGGUAACGUAGACAACAACGCCUUCUGGCCUGGACACCUUCUCAACAAGCUCCGUCUGUGUAUGCCGACACCCAAUGAUGGCUCCCAGGCUGUGUUCUACAACACAAAACAACAGAAACGCUCCAACCCGGGGUAUCACAACGACCUCCAGACCUGGCCGGUUGGACCAGAAGGUCAUGUGAUGUACGCCCCCUAUGAGCGCUACUACAGGAAUCCCUGAGAGGGUUCAGGAUAUUUGAUGUGUGUACGGUGUGUGUACGGUAUAAAUCUCCUGAGGCUGUGAUAUUUUUGCCAAAGAAAUUUGUGAUUUCCUGAAAAAGAUGAAUGUACAAACCUUGAUACAGACACAGUUUUGUGUGUUUUGGAUAAUUUAAUUUUCAUAUCAUUUUACAUUCAUAUUAAAUCUAAACUAAUAUAUACAAUGUGAUUGUUUUCAACCGAGAAGAAGAAAAAUAAAAGCAGUUUUAUUCCAA